UCCGCCACUGACUCACUCAGCGGCUGUCAGCGUCCACCAAGCCGGCCGGGAAUGCUCUGAAGCCGGCAGCAUGGCCUCAGGUGUCCGCGUGUGGUGGAGUCGAGUGCGGCGGUGACUCUUCCCUGAGACACGGCACUCCUUCCGGAGGAUGAGCCGACAGCCAGGCAGCGCUGCUCACAGCACGGCGGGACAAGGCGCACUGUGAUGCGGCUUGGAGUCCAGCAGGCGUCCUGCGGUCCUCUUCCCUCCAUCUCCUGUCAGCCUUGAAGCUCGCACUUACCCCGACUCGUCAAUUGGACUUUUGACUGCAGCACAUCCAACAUUUGACCGUUUUUCCCCCUCCUCAAUUGUUAUUGUUUUUGUUUACUUGCCGGGGACUACAAGAAGGAGGACUUCACCAUGAUCUGACCUCUGAAGUGCAGCAGUAAUAGAAGUCACCUGCCAACCAGCACAUGAUGGCCAACAACAACGAGCUCCAAAGUGACCCGGGCGGACUGUCAGUGCUGCAGCAACUGGGCUUGGACCAGAACUCGGACCUGUCCGACUCCGGCGUGCAGCGAUGCCUGCAUGAGCACCGCGAGAGGAUCCGCAGGGAGAUCCGCAAGGAGCUGAAGAUCAAGGAAGGCGCAGAGAAUCUACGGCGGGCCACCACCGACAAGAGAAACGCCCAGCAGGUGGACUCGCAGCUCCGCAGCUCCAAUCGCAAGCUGGAACAUCUGCAGGCUCAGCUGCAGGAGUUGGACGCUCACAUUGUUGUCAAGAGUCAUUGUGAGAAUGACGAUGCUCCAAAGUCUCCAGGCUCGGUCAGUCGUCCGUCCGCCAACCAGCGCCGCAUCACAGCGCUGGAACGUCAGCUCAACAUUGAGCUGAAGGUCAAACAGGGGGCAGAGAACAUGAUUCCCAUUUACGCCAACGGAGCUACAAAGGACAAGAAGCUUCUCCAGACGGCCCAGCAGAUGCUGCAGGACAGCAAGACCAAGAUCGACAUCAUCCGCAUGCAGAUCCGCAAGGCCAUGCAGGCCACGGAGUACUCUGAGGACAGCCAAUGCAAGCCUGACCUGUGUGGGGUGGAGCUGCGUGUGGAGGAGCUGUGGCAUCACUACCGCGUGGAACACGCCAUGGCCGAGGGAGCCAAGAACAUUUUGCGACUGCUCGGCGCAGGAAAGGUCCAAGACAAGAAAGCCAUGGCCGAGGCACAAUGUGGUCUGAGCGAGUCGUCCCAGCGCUUGGACCUUCUCAGGUGCUCCUUGGAGCAACGGCUACUAGAACUCCCAGGGGACCACCCCAAAGCCUGUCUGAUCAAGGAGGAGCUGGCGUUGGCGUCUUCUUCCGCCUUCAGCUCGCGCCACAGCACCCCUUAUGUUCACAACCAGUACAACACCCUGAGUAAACCAUCGCCCCUCACAGGAACUCUUCAGGUGCAUCUUCUGGGGUGUGUCGGGCUGCCAGAGGUUGUCCCCGGCAGGAGCAAAGGGAACCCCGUGCUUCUCCCUUCUUACUGUCCUGGAGAUGGCCGCGCCUUUAAACUGAGUGGCCUCUACAGCCGCAGCAGCAUGAGCCUAAAGAUCCCUGGCAAGAACGAGGAGCUGUCUUCGGACGUGAGCGUGGUGCUGAAGCUGGAGAACACAGUGGUGGGUCAGACCGCUUGGAGAACAGUCGGAGAGCAGGCCUGGGACCAGACCUUCACUGUGGAGCUGGAGAGGUCCCGGGAGAUGGAGAUUGCCGUGUACUGGAGAGAUUACCGCUCCCUGUGUGCUCUGAAGUACCUGAAACUGGAGGAGUUCUUGGACAACCAAAGACACCGAGUCAAACUGGACUUGGAACCACAGGGGCUGAUGCUGGCUGAGGUCACUUUUUUUAACCCGGUAAUAGAGAGAGGACGAAAACUUCAGAGACAGAAGAAUGUCUUCUCUAAACAACAAGGAAAAGCGUUCCUGCGUGCCCGUCAGAUGAACGUGGACAUCAGCACCUGGGUCCGCCUGCUGAGGAACGCCAUCCCGAGUGGAAGCAGCCCACCCUCAUACACCCGGACUUUCUCCAGCAACAUGCUGGCACACAGCACAGGAGAAAUCUCAGUCGAGAAACUGACUCUGGACGCUGAUUCUUUGCUAAAAACUGAUCCUCGACACUCUACCGCUGAGCAGCACACGCCGGCUAUUGAGCCUGCUACAUCCAUGCCGGAUGGUCCUGUUCCCAACCGGGCAACCCGAUCACAGUCCCAGAACUCUUUGUGCAGACCGAGGGCAGGCCCUGUUGGCCUGCAGGACUUCAAGCUGAUUGCAGUGCUCGGCAGGGGGCACUUUGGCAAGGUGCUGCUGUCGGAGCACACGCGUACGGGCUGUCUGUACGCCAUCAAGGCCCUGAAGAAAGGAGACAUCAUCACGCGCGACGAAGUGGAAAGUCUGAUGUGCGAGAAGCGAAUCUUCGAGACGGUCACCGCCGCCCACCACCCCUUCCUGGUCAACCUGCUGGCGUGUUUCCAAACGCCGCAGCACGUGUGUUUCGUCAUGGAGUACACGGCAGGGGGCGACCUGAUGAUGCACAUCCACGCUGACGUCUUCUCGGAGCCGCGUGCUGUCUUCUACUCCGCCUGCGUGGUCUUAGGCCUUCAGUUCCUUCACGACCACAAGAUUGUGUAUCGAGACCUGAAGUUGGACAAUUUGCUGCUUGAUACGGACGGUUUUGUAAAGAUUGCAGACUUUGGGCUCUGUAAAGAAGGGAUGGGCUAUGGGGACAGAACCAGCACUUUUUGUGGAACCCCCGAGUUUUUGGCUCCAGAGGUACUAACAGACACUUCAUACACUCGAGCAGUGGACUGGUGGGGCCUCGGGGUGCUGGUCUACGAGAUGCUGGUCGGGGAGUCGCCCUUCCCAGGUGAUGAUGAGGAGGAGGUUUUUGACUGCAUUGUGAAUGAUGAAGUACGCUACCCGCGCUUUCUCUCCACUGAAGCCAUCGGCAUCAUGAGACGGUUGUUGAGAAGGAAUCCUGAGAGGCGUUUGGGUUCUGGAGAAAAGGAUGCUGAGGACGUGAAGAAACAACCCUUUUUCAGAGAUCUGGACUGGGAUGCGCUUCUCCUGAGGAAAGUCCCGCCCCCUUUCGUCCCGACCAUCGCGGGGAAGGAAGACGUCAGCAACUUUGACGUGGAGUUCACCGCCGAGGCGCCGGCCCUCACGCCGCCCCGCGAGCAGCGCACCCUCUCUUGUAAGGAGCAGGACUACUUUAAGGACUUUGACUAUGUGUCGGACCUGUGCUAGGGUCUGGGGGCCGGGACGCGUCCUCUGAAAGAAGAGACGGCACGGAACUCACUGGGACGAACAGCUGGUUUGGACCAUUGUGUGUGUGUAUGUGUGUGCGGAUCAGGAUGGGAUUGCGUGUCUGGCACAUCUGGAUUGUAACUAACCUGCUGAUUUAUCGGACCAUUUGAUGGUCUUUUAUUGCAAAUUGAGAUGAUAAAUGACUGUAAUCCGGAUUAUGUAGCAACUGAGUGGAUGGAUCCUGCUGGGUGUGUGGGGGGUGGGGGGCAACAACAACAAAUCUAUUGGCGCCGAAAUGCGAACCGAGCUAAAGAAAACAAAAAAAAAAAAAAAAAAAACAAUCAGAAGCUGAGGGUCACGUUUUUGGGGUUUUCCCCCCAGUGUCUUGUGUCCUUUUCCUUGUGCUGCUGCUACGUGUAAAUGAAUGUAACAAUCACUCACCACCUCAACGUGAACACCAAGGAGCGCCAAAGAACAGUUGUGAAAGCGGAUUACAAAGAGAGAAAGAUGAUUUUGUCCCCCCCGUGGUUCAUUUUCCACUCUUAUCAUUUGCUGGUUAAAUGUGUCGGACUGUGAUUUAGUAAAAGUGAAACCAACA